AACUCUCUCAUCCUCCCAUCCAACACUCACUCUCUCACUCUCUCACUCACUCUUGACACUGGCAAGACAAAAUUGCCAGCGCAUACCCCAGGCAUACACAUUCAAGGCCCCGGGGACGCUUCUUCAACCCCCUCAACGGCUACACCGACCCUCAACCUUUGGCCAAGACAUAGCACGACGGCGCCAUGAACGCCGCGCUCCUCUCGCAAAUCCAAGCGGGCAAGGGCCUCAAGAAGACCCAGACGAAUGACCGCUCCGGCGUCGCCGGCGCUGGCGCUAUCGCCGGUGAAGGCGGCGGAGGCGGAGGCGGCGGUGGAGGCCGUGGUGGUGGUGGUGGUGGAGGCGGCGGCGGCGCUGGACGCAGCGUUUCGUCGUCGGGCCCUGCCGCUGCUGCUGCUGAGGCUCCCGCUGCCCCGCAGCUAGCCGGCCUGUUCGCAGGCGGAUUCCCGACGCUCAAGAAGACCGGCGGCCCUGGGUCUCACGCCCCAACCGCCGGACUGGCAAAGCCCCCUCCGAUCCCAGGUGCUGGACGCGGUCCACCCAAGCCGCCUGGCCCACCGCCUGCUCCCCCCGCUCCUUCGCGGACGGCCCCGCCCGCGCCUCCUCCACCACCCGGCGCACCGUCACGCGUCCCCCCGGCCCCGCCCCGGCCACCGCCCGCCCCACCAGGCCCAUCCCGUGCUCCUCCGCCGCCGCCAGCACCACCUCCCCCUCCGCCGGUGUCCGCCCCGACGCGCACCGUACCAGCUCCUCCCCCGGCGCCGGCCGCUCCCCCACCUCCGGGUCGCAGCGUGCCGGCGCCGCCAGGACGCCUGCCUCCUCCCAGGCCGUCGCACGCGCCGCCAGCUCCGCCUCCACCUCCACCUGCGCCAGCCGCACCUCCGCGCGCGCCCCCACCCCCUCCAGCUCCAGCCCCUUCGCUGCCGAGCCGCGCGCCUCCAGCGCCCCCUCGCCCUCCCCCCGCGCCGCCGGCCGCGCCACCCGCUCCUCCCCGUGCACCUCCUGCACCCCCGGGACGUGGUGUGCCCCCUCCCCCGGCGCGCUCGACUCCUCCCCCACCAGCGCCUCCGGCGCCGCCUGCACCUCCUGCAAGGCCCUCGGUGGUCCCACCGUCGCUGCCCAACAGGGCCCCCAGCCUGCCGGCUCGAUCCAGCCCAGGCGGAGCGGCACCUGGACGCGCGGUGCCGCCUCCUCCUCCGCGUCCUGGCGCCGCCAACGCUGGAGCGCCGCCUCGCGCGCCUCCUCCCCCGCCCCGUCCAGCCGGGCAUGCUACCCCUCCGCCGCCACCGCCGCGCCCCUCUGGACCACCAUCUCUUCCUUCACGGGCUCCACCCUCCUUGCCUAGCCGCGCUCCACCGGCAGCUAAUCACGCGGCGCCUCCAGCGCCGCCGGCCUUCCCUCCGCGCCGUGGGCCUUCCAACGCCAGCCCUCCUCCUCCUCCACCUCCCCCACCUCCCCCCGGUAGAGCCUCGCUCCCGCCUCCAACCAGAACAGCGCCUCCUCCCUCCCGCGCGGCUCCUCCGCCCGCGGAUGAUGACGAUGACGGCCCCCCUCCUCCUGCCGGCAUGAGCCCGGCGGCUCGUGCUUUGGCCAGCGCAGGGCGUGUCCGUGCACCAAGCAACCCGCCGCCCCCGCCUCCCUCGGCUCCUAGCCCGCCGCCAGCGCCGCCGGCGCGCGCCGCUCCCCAGGCGCCAUCCUCGCCACCCCCACCACCCCCUGGCCCGAGCCCAAUCAUCCGCGCCCCACCCACUCGUGCGGCUGCCGCCAGACCUGUAUCGAUGGCUCCUCCCCCGGCCCCGCCUGGCCUCUCGCCGGCUGCUCGCAACCGCGCGGCGUCCGUGGGCGGACAAGUGAACGGCAACGACGACGAUGGACCCGAGCCGCCAGCCGUUGUCGGGCAGUGGACCUUUGCCAUGAAGGGCAUGUUCCCGACUCCCCGGCCGUGGAACGGGUCGCACAAGACGUACGCUAGCGGCAACACGACUGGCGCUGGAAUCGGCUUCAAGGCGUAGAAUGCAAGGACGAGUAGAGUGGUGUGAAUGUGAACGCAUGAAUACGGAAUAUGGCGAG